AUGGCCACCAUCGUUCUACAGCAAACAAGUCUCUUGCUUAUGCUCAUCUUGGCAACUGUAGCACUAGACUGUGGUCAGAUAGUGCAAUCACAAAGAAAUGAGAUUGGGAGAACCCGAAGGCUUCUGGAAGCAAUGGGAGGACAGAGGAGUCCUACGGAAUGCCCUGAGGAUCCAGACUUUGGCUUCCCCAUGGAAAAGACAGUCCUCAACUCCAAUAAAGAGGAUGCAAGAAUGGCAAUAGGGUUUUUCCUGGAGCAGAUUCAGACCAUAUUUCAGCAUAACUACACCCAAACAAAUUGGAAUAUGACAGCCACUGAUCUUUUCCAGGAGACCCUUGACCAACAGCAGAUUCAAUGGCAGAGGUGCUCCAUUGUAAGGACUCGGGAGCAGGCAACACGUCACGGUCUCCAUGUCAAACGUACAUUAAAGAUGUACUUCACAAAACUCCAUAUAUUCCUAAAGGAGAAAGAAUAUAGUCUUUGUGCCUGGGAUGCUGUGCGAGGAGAAAUUUUCGAGGUCUAUUCCGUUGUUCUUAGCAAACUACUGGGAAAACUUUGA